UUGAAUCACUCGAAGAUCGGUCGAUGUGCUUUUCAGGGUACGCAUAGAGUUCACCUGUCAGUAUCAGCUUCGAACGGCGACGUCAUAGGCAUAGGAAGUCAGAGCUUCGAGGUGCGCUCGUUGUGGUUGGCUGUCAUCGGGGAUUCAUUUGCAUCCGGUGAAGGGAAUCCGGAUAUUUACCAACACGACGGCACAAGCGCUCGAUGGCUUGACGAGCAAUGCCAUCGGUCAUCAAAAUCGUUCGCCGCACAGGUGUUCGAACAGAUCGCCGCUGUACGGCCACAGACGUAUCUUACAUUUUUGGCUUGUGCUGGAGCGACCGUUGAAAAUGGGAUCUUGAAGUCGGAAAGUGGAGCAGACAGCCAGCUGGCAACGUUGGAAAGUAUCGCCACACUGAGAGGUCGUGGUCCAGACGUGGUGAUUUUGUCCACAGGAGGCAAUGAUAUCGGUUUCUCAGACAUCAUCAACGCUCUAGUCCAUGAGAACGCCAGAUUCGACAUCAGUCUGAUGGAUAUGAGUUUUCAACAUCCCUCAUUGCAAAAAGCUCUCGCUGAUACACUCGCGUUCAAGAAGAUCAUUCCUAUUGGUGACGAUAGCGAUAUGCCAUUCCGAUGUGGGAGCGCCAAGAAAUGCUAG